GAGCAGCAGCCGCGGCGGCCCAGCGCUGCCAGGGCCGAGCGCCGCGCCUGGGCGGGGGAGCGCACCGCGGCCCGGCGGGGACCGCACGGCACCGCGCCCCGGCGCCCGGCGCGACCCCCAUGAGAGGAGGAGGAGGGGGGGCGGCGGCGGCAGCAGCAGCAGCGGCGGCAGCAGCAGCAGCAGCAGCCCCUCCCGCGUCCCCCCGCCUGCCUGCCUGAGCACGGAGCGCUCCCCCCGCCCCCGAUGCGCCCUUAGUCCCGGCCCCGGACCCGCCUCCCUCGCUCCCCUCCCCGCCGGCGGCGGCGGCAGCAGCAGCGUCGUCCAGGUGCGGACUUCAGACCCCAGCGCAAUGGCGUCCAACGCGGCCGAGAGGGAGAUCCUCUUCACCGAGCUCCAGGGGGAUGCCAAAAGUCUUCUAGCCUCUGAGAAUGUGAGCACUGGCCAAAAGUUGGACUUUUCAGAUACAAUGGUGCAGCAGAAGCUGGAUGAAAUAAAGGACCAAAUCAAGCGGGAAAUAAGGAAGGAACUUAAAAUCAAGGAGGGAGCAGAGAACCUCAGGAAGGUCACAACGGAUAAAAAGAACUUGGCAUAUGUGGACAACAUUUUGAAAAAAUCAAAUAAGAAGUUAGAAGACUUGCAUCAUAAGUUACAGGAGCUAAAUGCACACAUUGUUGUAACGGAUCCAGAAGAUGUUGCAGAUUGUCCUAGGACUCCUGAUACUCCAAAUAGCGAUCCUCGUUUUUCUACUAACAACAGAUUGAUGGCCUUAAAGAAGCAAUUGGAUAUAGAACUGAAGGUAAAACAGGGAGCAGAAAAUAUGAUACAGAUGUACUCAAAUGGCUCUUCAAAGGAUCGAAAACUUCUUGCCACAGCUCAGCAGAUGCUCCAGGACAGCAAGACAAAAAUAGAAGUUAUACGGAUGCAGAUUCUUCAGGCAGUCCAGACCAAUGAAUUGGCUUUUGAUAAUGCAAAACCUGUGAUAAGCCCUCUUGAACUCCGAAUGGAAGAAUUACGGCAUCAUUUUAGGAUAGAGUAUGCUGUAGCAGAAGGUGCAAAAAAUGUAAUGAAAUUACUUGGAUCUGGGAAAGUUACCGACAGAAAGGCACUUUCAGAAGCACAAGCAAGAUUUAAUGAAUCAAGCCAGAAGUUGGACCUUUUGAAGUAUUCACUGGAACAGAGAUUGAAUGAACUUCCUAAAAACCAUCCCAAAAGCAGUAUUAUUAUAGAGGAGCUUUCAUUGGUCUCUUCACCCACAUUAAGUCCUCGUCAAAGUGUAAUAUCUACUCAAAACCAGUAUAGUACACUGUCCAAACCAGCAGCUUUAACAGGUACUCUGGAAGUUAGGCUAAUGGGCUGCCAAGAUAUUUUGGAAAACGUCCCUGGUCGAUCAAAAGCCACGUCGAUUACGCUACCUGGUUGGAGUCCAAAUGAAGCCAGAUCAUCUUUCAUGAGCAGAACCAGUAAAAGUAAAAGUGGGAGUAGUAGAAACCUUCUGAAAACUGAUGACUUGUCCAAUGAAGUCUGUGCUGUACUGAAGCUGGAUAACACUGUGGUUGGUCAAACUAGCUGGAAACCUAUUUCCAAUCAGUCAUGGGAUCAGAAAUUUACACUGGAACUAGACAGGUCACGUGAAUUAGAAAUCUCAGUUUAUUGGCGUGACUGGAGAUCUUUGUGUGCAGUAAAGUUUCUGAGGUUGGAAGAUUUCCUGGAUAACCAACGGCAUGGCAUGUGUCUCUAUCUUGAACCACAGGGCACUCUGUUUGCAGAGGUUACGUUUUUUAAUCCAGUUAUUGAAAGAAGACCAAAACUCCAGAGGCAGAAGAAAAUUUUUUCAAAACAGCAAGGCAAAACAUUUCUUAGAGCUCCUCAAAUGAAUAUUAAUAUUGCCACUUGGGGAAGGCUGGUAAGAAGAGCUAUUCCUACAGUAAAUCACUCUGGCACCUUCAGCCCUCAAGCACCGGUGCCUGCUACUGGGCCAGUGGUUGAUGCACACAUUCCUGAACUAACACUGCCAGCCAGUGACUCUCCUGUAGCCAAAUUGGACUUUGAACUUGAGCCUGAGCCUCCACCUGCUCCACCCCGUGCAUCUUCCCUUGGGGAAAUAUGUGAAUCUUCCUCUGAGAUAAAGGCUCCUGAUGUGCCAUCUCAGGAUGAAGUAACAACUUUUGAUUUUGAAAAUGGCAGAAAUAGUAUUGUCCCAAAACUCCAGCCUGAAAUAAUCUGUGAGCCUGAUGCUCCCCAUUCAGACAUAAAAUACACCAACACCCGAGAGCCUGAAGAUAGAAGAUCACAACAGAGAUUUCAAUUCAGUCUGAAGGAUUUCAGAUGUUGUGCUGUACUGGGCAGAGGACAUUUUGGAAAGGUGCUGUUGGCAGAGUACAAAAACACAAAUGAGAUGUUUGCUAUUAAAGCCUUAAAGAAAGGAGAUAUUGUUGCUCGUGAUGAAGUAGACAGCUUGAUGUGUGAAAAGCGAAUAUUUGAAACUGUGAAUAGUGUAAGACAUCCCUUCUUGGUGAACCUUUUUGCUUGUUUCCAAACCAAAGAUCAUGUUUGCUUUGUAAUGGAAUAUGCUGCUGGGGGGGAUCUGAUGAUGCACAUUCAUACUGAUGUCUUCUCUGAACCAAGAGCAGUAUUCUAUGCUGCAUGUGUGGUUCUUGGACUUCAGUAUUUACAUGAACACAAAAUAGUAUAUAGAGAUUUGAAGUUGGAUAACUUAUUGCUGGACACAGAAGGCUUCGUGAAAAUUGCUGACUUUGGUCUUUGCAAAGAAGGAAUGGGAUUUGGAGACAGAACAAGCACAUUCUGUGGCACACCGGAAUUUCUUGCUCCAGAGGUGCUAACAGAAACUUCCUACACAAGAGCUGUAGACUGGUGGGGUCUUGGUGUACUUAUCUAUGAGAUGCUAGUGGGUGAGUCUCCCUUCCCUGGAGAUGAUGAAGAGGAGGUGUUUGACAGUAUUGUAAACGAUGAAGUAAGAUAUCCACGCUUUCUGUCUACAGAAGCCAUCUCUAUAAUGAGACGGCUGCUACGAAGAAAUCCAGAGCGGCGUCUUGGAGCGGGAGAGAAGGAUGCUGAGGAUGUGAAAAAGCAUCACUUCUUCAGGCUAAUAGAUUGGAAUGCUUUGCUGGCCAAGAAAGUGAAGCCUCCUUUUGUACCCACCAUUAGAGGACGAGAAGAUGUUAGUAAUUUUGAUGACGAAUUUACCUCUGAAGCACCUAUCCUCACUCCACCUCGGGAACCAAGGAUACUUUCAGAAGAAGAGCAGGAAAUGUUCAGAGAUUUUGAUUACAUUGCUGAUUGGUGUUAACUUCUAGACACUGUGAAACCCCAGCUGACUGGCUCACAAGAAUGCCUCUCAGAAGAAUACCGACCCUUCAAUUGCUCUCUGUGCCACCUGUAGCUUCUGGGUUUUUUUAAAUCACAUGAAGAUCCUUUUAAGUACUGUUUUAACACUCUCAUGAAGAGUGGCCUCUGUACAUUGUUUUUUAUCUGAGCACUGGAAAGCAGGUCUAUGGAGUUCUUAAGCUGAGUUGGUGAACCUAGGCUGUAUUAAGCUUCUCACACAUGGGCACACGUGGAUCUGUACUGUUUUCUCUCACUCUUCCACAGCAGAUAACAUCGCUUUUUAAAGUAUCUGCCUUAAGUGGGAAAAGCAGACUUUGAGCUAGGUAAUCGCUUAUCUCCAGUCAGUCAUAUUGAAAUACAAGUUUGGGAUACUGAUGACACUCACACAGAACAUGGUUCUAGCUGGAGAAGGCAAAUGCUUUCAGUUAAAUAUUAUCUUGUGCAGUCUGUAAAACUACACAUUUCUAUGUACACCUUCAUCUUGUGUUCUUAAAAUAAUGGUAUGGAGAACAGAUAUGCCUUGUUUUGUAAAUUUUCUAUGGUAUUUAUUAGGAAAAAUGUUAAACACCUUGCCUUUGAGAUAAUAGUGUAAGUGCUUCCAUUACCAAGAAAAAUCCAGAAAAAUGCGGAAAGUUUACCAAAGCCACUUGCCAAACAGUUUUGCCUUCAAGCUUUUUAAGCAUGGCUUAAAACCCUGGUUGAUAAGAAGAACGUAACAAGGAUGUUGCUCAGUCUAACCACAAAGAGUAAAGCAUAUGCAUUUUCCAGGCCCAUCCACUCCUGUACUCAACUUCAUGCCUUCCCCACUCGCCAAGUGGACAGAUAAGUUAACCAGUCUGUAUCUAACCACCUAGAUCAUCCUGUAUCUGCUGUACAAUAUCAUAUCACUUUUAGAAAACAUAAGGAUUUUCAAUGUAUACAUGCUGUGAACAUGUAUAUUUGGAAGUUGUAAUGUAUUCUUAUGUCCAGGCAAGUAAUUUAAUUAUACCACUUCAUUAAUUUUGCACAGUGGCCAAGUGAACAACACAACUCUGAGUGGAAAAAAUAUUUGUAUACACAUACAGGCCACAGAACUCCAGAACUUAGAUUGGCAGUUACUGAGGGUAAAAGCAAUAUAUUGUAACAGAAUGUAUAAAUAUUUUUGAUAAAAACAGUGUAUAUUUUAUAAACCCCUUAACACUAAAAAGCUGUACCUCAAAAGUUGAAAAAUAAUUUAGACCAGACACUGUGCGUAUUUGUAAACCAAGACCUAUUUUUGGCAUCUGGUGUUCUGUGGGCAAACAUUAAUUCUUAGAAAACCGAUUUCCCACAUGGUUCUUAGCUCUAGCACCAUUCAGAGCUGAUUGCAUAUGUAAUCUCACAGGAGGUUCAUCCUAGCCAGGAGUUUGCUGUUCGUGGGCUAAGACAGUGAAAAUCGGCACUCAAAUGAAUUCAAUAUUUGUAAUUUUAUUCAUUAAAAGAAAAAAUGCAAACCAUUUGAAUAUGCAGUGCUAAGGUGGUUGUUUAAAAUCUUGAUGCUGGACAGACCUGCAGGGUCAGGCAGGGGAGAGGCUUAGGGAAGGAGAGGAAAAAAAAAAAAAAAAAGGUUAAUAGGUCUAAAUCAAGCAUCCCCCCCCUGCAGGAACAAGGCAGGCAUCUUUACCAGCGCUACAAAUCAUGUUGGGCAGAAUGAGUCAACUUUUCAGCAUUACUUGUUUCCAGAUUCUAAUUAAUAAGAAGCAAAUUAUGUUCCUGUAUCUAGCUGAAACCAAUACUUUUGAGGUACAGUGAGCUUACCCUUUUUGGUUCCCAAAUAUAUAUAUGAGCAUCUAACAGGGUGCUUAACACUUACGAAAGUAUCCUCAAAAAUACCUUUUUGUAACUAUGUCUUGUACAGAAAUCUUUUUUUUAAUCUAAGUAAAUCACUUAAAAAAAAUUAGAGGGCAGGGGAAUUUCACCCAGUUAAGCUGAAAGAAAGCACUAAUUUUAUCUCUGUAGUUUUUUUAAAUAUUUUUAGGCAGAUUAAGAUUUUAAACCCUAGAUUGUAAAUAUAUUUUGCUAUACUUUAUCUGUAUGUGGCUGCUCAAGCACUUUGUAAGGAAAUUAGGAUAUUUUAGAAUGGUACACUAUGCAUUAAAAUGAAAUGUGCCUUUAACAAAUAUCAUCCUAAGUGUUUUGCAGUCAUUAAUAUCACAAAUUAAAGUUCUAAAUAGAGUAAUUUGUAAA